AUGACAAAGACCAAGGUCAAGCACUCCUUUCCUUUCCCUCGAUUCCUCCUUCCCUCUUUUCCCGGUAAUCGGGAUGCGAGGCGUCCUCCGCGCUCGAGCUCCCCCAGCCCCGCCGAUAAGUACUUGGAUGGCCAUGUUUCCUACCUCCGCUGCGCUGAAUGCGCCUCACACCUCUGCUUGACGUCGCAGAUUAUUAGCAAAGGAUUUACGGGCCGCCACGGUCGAGCGUAUCUCGUCACUGCGGAGCCGGUUGCCAGUGCUGUGUCCGUCUGCGCGUCUUCUUCCCCCACUGAUACCCUUCCUAAUACCGUUUUGCAACAUCCUGUGCCACGCCAGCUGGUUACAGGGGCCCAUACCGUCAGCGAUGUCAGUUGCGCAUUAUGCGGGGGUGUGCUAGGCUGGAAGUACGUCGCGGCCGAGGAGGAGUCGCAGCGAUACAAAGUUGGAAAGUUCAUCUUAGAGACCAAGAAGAUCACUGCAUCUUCUUGCUGGGAAUCCCCGGACGUGACCCUUGUCACACAAGAAGAACACCGACGGGCUGAGAUCGAUCCAGGCUCUGCGGAACCCGAGUUUGAUAGUCAGGAUGACGACGAAUGCGAGGACUUAUUCGCAGGUAUUUGGAGUCCAGGGCUGGCGAGCCGCCGCAGAAGCCGCAAAAUUGAGCGGCGACCUGCUAUGUUCGGAAUAUCAUGA